UUAUCCUCUCAUUAUUCUAUCCUCUUCGGCUGGAGCAAGCUUGACUCCAGGUCUCCCACCCGUUGACCCGAGCUCCCCUACUCUCGCCGCCGGCCGCUUCCACCACGGCAUCGAUCGAUCGCGGGCGACGUGGCUGAGUGGCGGCGGACCCGAUUCGCGGCGCAGCAAGGGCGGGGCGGAGCGGAGCGGAGCCAGCGACGGCGCGACCGCAUCCACUGUCCCGAUCGACCUCCGAUUCCGGCAUUCAACAUCAGAUAGGCCAAGAUGAACAUCGCCACAGGGGCAAUGAACACCCUCCUCCCCAAGCUUGGGGAGCUGCUGGUUGGCGAAUACAAGCUGCAAAAGGGUGUCAAGGGAGAGAUCGAAGAACUUGAGAAAGAGUUGAAAGGUAUGACCGCAGCACUCCACAAGGUGGCUGAGACACCUGUGGAUCAACUUGACCAGCAGGUCAAGAUCUGGGCCAGCGAGGUGAGAGAGCUAUCUUACGACAUCGAGGAUGCCAUCGACACCUUCAUGUUAAAGUGCAAGGGGCAUGAACCUGCCACGAGCUUCAAGAAGGUCACCAAUUUGUUCAACAAGUUCAAAACCAACCAUCAGAUCCACGGUGUCAUGAAAGACAUCAUGGACCAGGUCAAGAAGGUCAGCGAACGUCGUGAUAGGUACAUAGUCGACGACAAUGCUGCCAGGCCAACUGUUGUGGAUGUUGAUUCUCGCCUAGAAGCUAUGUACCGAAAGGCGACAGAACUCAUUGGCAUUAGCAAGCCAAAAAAUGAGCUAACUAAGCAACUCUUGGAAUAUGACGGCUCAUCCAGCCAACAAUCAAAUAUAAUUUCUAUUGUUGGAUUCGGAGGCUUAGGAAAGACAACUCUUGCCAAUUCAUUAUUUCAGGAGCUUAAGGCAAAAUUUGACAGCUAUUGUUUUGUUUCGGUGUCCUUGAAUCCUGAUAUAAACAAGAUUCUCAAGAACAUUCUUCUCCAACUUGAUGAGAAAAUGUAUUCCCACAUAGAUGAAACAUGGGAAACGAAGCAGCUCAUCGACAAAAUUAGAGACUUCCUCAACAAUAGAAGGUUCUUGUGCGUGAUUGAUGAUGUAUGGAAAAAAUCAGCGUGGGAUACUAUCAAACUUGCUGUGCAAGAUGCUAAACUUGGUAGCAAAAUAAUUGUAACCACGCGAAACAAGGUCGUUGCAGAACAUGCAGGCAGUGGUGUUUAUGAAAUGAAACCCUUAUCUGAUGAUGAUUCCAGACAAUUGUUCUGCAAACGAAUAUUUGACUCUAACGAUGACUGUCCUGCUGAUUUGUGUGGUGUCACUGAGAAAAUUUUGAAGAAAUGUGGUGGUGUACCGCUAGCAAUCAUCACUACAGCAUGCCUACUUGCUAGCAAACCAAGGAAUUCAGAGGAAUGGGACAAGGUCAAUAAGUCUAUCAGUUUGGGGCUUGAGAACAACCUUGAUGUGGACAAGAUGCGGAAGAUAUUAAGCCUCAGUUACAACGAUCUACCUUUUCAUUUGAAGACUUGCUUGUUGUCUCUAAGCAAAUAUCCUGAGGAUGAACUAAUUAGAAAAGAUGUUUUGAUAUGGGGUUGGUUAGCUGAGGGUUUUAUUACAGAUGAAACACGACCUGUAGGGACAAGCUUGCAGGAGAUUGGAGAGAGCUACUUCAACGAGCUCAUCAAUCGAAGCUUGAUCCAGCCGAUGAGUGAGGACAAUUUUUGGGAUGAAGAUGGUAAGGUGCAUGUUUUUUGGGAUGAAGAUGGUAAGGUGCAUGCAUGCAAAGUACAUGACAUGGUGCUUGAGCUAAUAAAUCAGCUGUCAGUAGAAGAAGAUUUUGUUACAACGUAUUUAUCAGAUGGUCAACAAACAGGUAAACAUACAUGUACAGCACAAAAGAAGAAGAUUCGCCGAUUAUCUCUCCAUAACAGCAAUAAAUCCUAUGCCUCACCAGAAGCAAGAGAACAAUUGUCCAAAGUAAGGUCCAUUACUAUCUUCGGCAAGGUCGACUCGAUACCACCCUUGUCGAGCUUUCAUGUCCUGCGUGUGUUGCAGCUUGAGGACUGCAGUGGAAUGGACAAGAACCAUCUUAAUCAUCUCGAUAAGCUACGCCUCCUAAGAUUUCUGCGUCUAGGGCACUAUAGUGCCACUGAGCUCCCUGAAAGCAUUGGGAAACUGGAAUCUCUCGAAACCUUGGACAUAAGAGGUGCACGUAAACCAAGUUCUUUUAAAUCUCAUAAGGUACUGUUUCCAAUGUCUUUUGCCAAACUAAGGAAACUGUUGCGGCUAUAUGCUGGCAGAGUGAAGCUGGCGCAAGGUCUGAUGCUGGGGAAUAUGAAAUCUUUACAGGAGCUUGUAAUAGAAGCUACCCGAAAGGUAAUAAAAGAGAUUGGUAAUUUGACAGAGCUAAGGACUCUUAGGAUCGUUUUCGGUAGUGAAAAAACAUUUGAGUUAAAGGAAUCCAUUCAAACGUCUAUACAAAGGCUCACCAAUUUGCAAGACCUAGAUUUGAGAAAUAAUAUUAGUUUUGAAGAAAUCAUAGACAUGCAACAGGUUCCUUCCGGUCUCCAAAGGUUGUUCAUGCCCGAUUCGUUUAUGAAAGCAUUCCCAUGUUGGAUCAAUUCAUUGAUGCUCUCCCACCUCACCACCUUAUCCAUUUGUCUGGAUUUCGAAUAUCUCCAGUCUGACCACCUUGAUCGCCUCGCUGAGCUUCCAUCUCUUCGCUUUCUCAGGCUACAGUUAGCAUUUGUUUCGGAACAACUACAGGAAAAGCUCACUAUCCACAGAGGUGCAUGUGCAUUUCGGAGUUUAAAAGAUUUUCAGUUUUAUAGCUCCAUGAUGCCAUCGUUUCAACCAGGAGCUAUGCCCCACCUUGAAAGGCUUUAUCUUUCUAUUUGGACCAGACUAAGGAGGGGUGGCUUAAAUGAUUUAGGUUUGGAGAAUCUCUACUCCCUUCGGCAUGCAACCAUUUAUUCCUUUGAUGAUGACAGCAAGGCUGUUAUUGAAGAGGCACUUAAGGACUAUCCUAAUCAAGCAGCGCUCAAAAUACAAUCGAUGAUGAUGAACUAACUCAGUAAUGCAUGAUGGCCUAUGUACGUCUUUGAUGCAGCUGCCAGGCGUCUUACUCGUCAUGUAAUUAUGGUCAUUCAGUAUCACCUGCAAUCUAUCAUCGUAAGCCCAACAAGGGAGCACACGAACAACAGGCGAUGCAACAGAGUGGGUGAAAUUAUCAGUUUAUCUAUCUAUCUAUCUAUCUAUCUAUCUAUCUACCAGUUGUUUUGGUUGUUUCCAUUCCAUGAAAUUAGAAUGGAGUUGUUUAGUUGGCUCUCUAUAAAGAGCAGUACUAUGUUAUUUGGAAUUCAAGCAAGAAGAUAUAAGACCCUGUUAGUUUUCAUAUUAUUCAUGGUGGGAUUGUUGAAAUGGAUUAUUUACUCCACGGAUUGAAAUAUAUAUUCUCCACUGCAUUUGUUA